AUGGAGCUAGAACUGGGACUCAAGAUCACCCACACCAGAGAUGAUAUCCCCUCAUUUGUCGACCUUCGGAUUGCUAAAGACCAUGCUGGUCCUCUCUUCUUGUCUAGAGAAAACGAGACCAUGUUCAGCCUUGUUGCUUAUCUCAAAGGUUUUAGAAAGGAGAAUAUUGACAUCAAGAUUAAUGAAGAUGGAAACCGGAUCACAAUUAGUGGGAAGAAGCCAGUUCAGGAGAUGGUCUUGAUAGGAUGGAUUGUGCACAAGAAAGAGGUUGAGUUAAAGGCAUUCCGGAAGGCCUUUCAAAUUCCUGAUGGGGUCAUUUUGGAUAAAAUCAAGGCAAAAUUCAAUGAUGAAGAAUCGACUUUGACGAUUAUUCUGCCGAAAUUGGUGAAAGGAAUUCGUGGUGUUGAGAUGGAGGAAGUGACGGAAAAGGAGGUUGAUAAAGGAAGAGGUGAAGCUACACAAGCUGUAGCUGAUGAGGUUCCUGAAGGAGAGUAUAGAGAGCCGGAGAUGAACAAGCUGGAAGAAAUUGACCAAGCUGAGCAAAAGGAGAUGAAUAUAAGGGAAGCUCAAACAACAAGAGGUGUAGCUCUUGAACUUCCAAGGAAAGAAAAAGAUGAGGAAGCACUGAAGGAAGAAAGCACAGAGCCCAAGAUAAGAACAAAUCAAGAAACUGCUCAGGUUAGGGAGCAGGUAAUUGAUCAAGGGCAAUUUGAGGCAGCAGAAGAGGUGGCUGACACGAACCGUGAAAGAGACAAGAGCAAAGGGAUCCUACAGGAAAAAUCUCAAGAGCCAAACAUUAAAAGCAAAGAAGAAACUGAAAAGGUUGUAGAACCUAAAGCUGAUGCAGGUGAACUAGUGCCUGAAAGAGUUGUAGAUACAACCUUACAAAAGAAACAUGAGCCUAAAGUUGAAAGCGAAUUAGAAGAAGCCACUCCUGAUAAGGCAGAACCUCAUGCUACUGCUACUGCAGCUACAUAUCAGGAAACAACAAUCAACGAGCCUAAGCAAGUUAAGACAGAGAAAGAGACUGAGCACCAAGGGCCAAAAGAGCCCACUCCAGCUGAAGAAACUAAAAGCGAGGAGCUUCCUGGUUUGAAAGAAGAGGGGAAGAGACAGGAAACUCCAGAGGCCAAGAGCACGCAUGAAGAAAAAACUGAAGAACAUCCUCAUGGGCAGGAGCGCAAUCAUUUGACAGAAGCUGUCAUGGAUCAAGAGACGAAACCACCAGAAGUGUCAAGCCAGCCAUCAACUCAAGCUGAUCAAGGACUUGAGACAGAAGCAAAUCAUCUAGUCCGGGCUGAAACAUUACAAGAAUCAGAAAAGCAGGAAACAGAAACAAAGGUUCAAGAACCAACGAUACCUCGAUCUGAUCAAGAAAAAAUGCUGGCUGAAACUCCACUUCCUGCAGAAAAAUCAAGAAAUGAUGAAGCCCAAGAAAUCAACAAUGCAUCAACUCAUGAUGUUGUGGAAGAGCAUGAAUUGCUAGAGGAACAGAAACAGAAAGAUCCCGGUGAAGGAUCAAUGAAUACAAAGAAACCUCUUUCAAGAAGAACCAAGCUCUGUCCUCCUCUUGUUGUUGCAGGUUCAGCCAUUCUUGUCUCUAUCAUAGUGCUUGUCAUUAGUUGGAUUAGAGCUAAGAAAAGAUGA